UCGACAGAACACCCAGCGGUUCCGGUUCGGUCCGCUAGGUGUCAGUAAGCGCGGAGAGCUGUGUUCGGGUUCUGGAGCAACAGCCGCUGUUUCCGGUCUGGGUGCCCUCGCUAGUCUGUCUCUGCAGCGGUUUGGUAUUUGAAGAACCCGAGAGAUGGCAGGGCGAAGAGCUGCCAUAAAGGCUGUUGAUUGGGUGGCCUUUGCCGAGAGGGUCCCUCCCAACCAGAAAGCGAUGUUCAACAAUCUGAAGACCCGCAGUGAUGCCAUCUCUGCUAAAUUAGCCUCACUGCCAGAGAAGCCAGCCUCCAUCGACUGGAGUUACUACAGGAAGACAGUGGCUAAAGCAGGCAUGGUGGAUGAGUUUGAGAAGAAGUUUGCUGCUUUGACUGUUCCUGAACCAGUGGACACCCAGACUGCUAAAAUUAAUACCCAAGAGCAAGAGUCUAACAAAAGCGCUUUAGAUUACAUUCAGGCCUCCAAGGCUCGCAUCGUUCAGUACGAACAGGAGCUUGGGAAGUUCAAUAACAUGAUUCCGUUCGAUCAGAUGACCAUUGAAGACCUGAAUCAUACUUUCCCAGAGACGAAGCUCGACAAGGCCAAGUAUCCAUACUGGCCACACAAGCCUAUUGCUGAUCUGUAAUUUAUUAGCUGUGUUCUAAGUUAAUAAUAAUUUGAGUUGGAUUAUGUUCUGUAGUCUGAUCUGUUAAACACUUCAGUGAAGAAGAGUUUGCUCAGUUCUGUUGUAUGUAUGACUGAAAAAAAAAACAAAUAAACAUUUGAAGUUUU